AUGAAAUAUGUACAAGUAAAAAAGUCUUGUGAAAGUUUGACAGAUUAUUGUAAAACUAGUGAUUAUCAUCAAAUAUCAAAUACUGCAAUAUUAAUUUCUUUUUCAUUAAAUGAAUUUACUCAAGAAAUUCCAGUUCAAGAAAUUCAAGUUUCAAAAGUUCGAGAAAUAAAUAAAUCUAAUGUCAAGUCAAAAGCAAUUAAUUUUUCUAUAACUCAAGAAAUUCAGGUUUCUACAAUUCAAAAACUUAAGUUAAGGAAUCUCAUAAUCUAUCCAAAAUAG